AUGUCCAAACACGACUCGGGCAGCACAAGCACAGGUGCAAUGGAUCCAGUCGUCGAGCAAAAGCCUCGUCGAGGCUCAAAGGCUUCCGUCGGCAACAAUGAAGCUGCCGAUCAGCUCCUCGAGAACCUGGGCUACAAGGCUGAGCUGUCGCGAAACCGCUCUACCUUCCAGGUCGCCUUCAUGUCCUUCGUCCUCGCUUCCAUUCCCUACGGUCUCGCUACCACCCUGGCCUAUCCUCUUGUCGGCGGUGGUCCCGUCAACGUUAUCUGGGGUUGGGUCGCCGUCUCUCUCAUUAUUGUCUGUGUAGCUGCGUCUCUUGGUGAAAUCACCAGUGUCUAUCCUACAGCUGGAGGCGUCUACUACCAAGCUUUCAUGCUCUCCCCUCCUCGAUGGCGUCGCAUUGCAAGCUGGAUCUGCGGUUGGCUGUACAUCGUUGGAAACAUCACCAUCACUCUCGCCGUCAACUUCGGAACCGCCCUCUUCAUCGUCUCUUGCGUCAAUGUCUUCGAGUCGAGCCCCGGCGUCGGCGUCAUGUCCGGCGAGCCCUACCAGGUCUUCCUUGUCUUCUUGGGUCUGACCAUCCUGUGCAACGCCGUCUCUUCGCUCGGAAACAAGUGGCUUCCAUGGAUUGACACCGCCGCCGUCUUCUGGACCUUUGCCGGUGUUAUCGCUAUUGUCGUUUGCGUCCUCGCUAUCGCCAAGGAGGGUCGUCGUGAUGCUGCCUUCGUCUUUGGCCACUUUGAGGUUAACUCUGGAUGGCCUUCUAAGGGCUGGUCUUUCAUGGUCGGUCUUCUCCAUGCUGCUUACGCCACUUCUUCCACUGGCAUGAUCAUUUCCAUGUGUGAGGAGGUUCAGAACCCCUCGACUCAGGUCCCCAAGGCCAUGGUCGCUACCAUCUUCAUCAACACCUUCGCUGGUCUCCUCUUCGUCGUUCCUUUGAUGUUCGUCCUCCCCGACAUGCAGCAGGUCGUCCUCUCAGCCCAGCCCGUGCCCUUCAUCAUCAAGAGCGCUGUCGGCAGCUCUGGUGGUGCCUUCGGUCUUCUGUUCCCUCUCAUCAUCCUCGCCAUCAUCUGCGGUAUCGGCUGCACAACUGCCAGUUCUCGAUGCACUUGGGCUUUCGCUCGUGACGGUGCCAUUCCCGGUGCCAAGUGGUGGUCCAAGGUCAACACUUCUCUCGAUGUUCCUCUGAAUGCCAUGAUGCUCUGCAUGGUUGUCGAAAUUAUCCUCGGUAUCCUCUACUUCGGUUCAUCGGCUGCCUUCAACGCUUUCUCUGGUGUUGGUGUCAUUUGCUUGACUGCUUCUUACGCUACUCCAAUUGCCAUCAGUCUUUUCACUGGCCGCAAGCAGGUCAAGACUGGAAAGUUCUACCUUGGCAAGUUCGGUGCCGCUGCCAACUGGAUCGCUCUCGGCUGGUCUCUCCUCGCCAUGCCUCUCUUCUGCAUGCCCUCCGCUCUCCCCGUUACCCCCGAAACCGUCAACUACGCCCCCGUCGUCUUCGUCUUCGCGUGCCUGGUUUCUGGAAUCUGGUACUGGGCUUGGGGCCACAAGAACUACGCUGGUCCUCCCACCCACGAGGAUUAA